UCAACCCCGCUUGCAUCCGAGUGAAAUCCCUAAUCUAAGAAAUCUUGAGGUGUGUUCGACUCGUCCCUUCAGUUCGUCUUGACUUCGACUUCCGACUUCCGACUUCCGACUUCCGACUUCCGACUUCCGACUUCCGACUUCCGCUCCGUUUUGAGGUGCUGAUGGACUGUCAACUAUUUUCUGUUAACUGGACCAAGUACUUAUGUAAGUCAUACCACCACCAGACUCGUCACCUUCAAAUAAUUGGUGGCCAAAGAUAUAUGCAACAUAGGUUUUCAAACUUGCGAGCAGGAUCAUCUCAUAAUACUAUAAGAUGUUCAAUGAAAUCUUAUAGGCUAUCAGAGCUUACUCAGGCUGAGGUUGAUAGCCUCAAGGCUCGGCCUCGUAUUGAUUUCUCAUCCAUUUUCAAUCUGGUGAAUCCCAUUGUUGAUGAUGUCAGGUGCAGAGGUGAUGCUGCUGUUAAAGACUAUACUGCAAAGUUUGACAAAGUUGAAUUAGACAAGAUAGUUGAAACUGUGGUUGAACUUCCAGAUCCAGAGCUUGAUGCAGCUAUUAGAGAAGCAUUUGAUGUGGCUUAUCAAAACAUCUAUGCAUUUCACGUUGCACAAAAGUCAGCUGAGAGAAGUGUUGAAAACAUGAAAGGUGUUAGAUGCAAACGUGUGGCAAGGAGCAUUGCUUCUGUAGGUCUUUAUGUGCCAGGGGGAACUGCAGUUUUACCUUCAACAGCUCUGAUGCUUGCAAUUCCUGCACAGAUUGCUGGGUGUAAAACUGUUGUUCUUGCAACUCCCCCUACUCGGGAUGGAAGCAUCUGCAAGGAAGUACUUUAUUGUGCUAAGAAAGCUGGUGUGACUCACAUUCUUAAAGCUGGAGGAGCUCAGGCUAUUUCUGCCAUGGCUUGGGGGACUACAUCUUGCCCCAAGGUUGAGAAGAUAUUUGGGCCUGGAAAUCAGUAUGUCACCGCUGCUAAAAUGAUUCUCCAAAACAGUGAGGCUAUGAUUUCCAUUGACAUGCCUGCCGGACCAUCAGAAGUUCUUGUCAUUGCUGACAAACAUGCCAAUCCCAUUCAUAUAGCAUCGGAUUUGCUUUCCCAGGCUGAGCAUGGCCCUGAUAGUCAAGUUGUUCUUGUAAUUGCUGGGGAUGGUGUGGAUAUAAGGGCUAUUGAGGAGGAAAUCAGCAAGCAGUGCAAAAGCCUUCCAAGGGGUGAGUUUGCUUCAAAAGCACUGGGUCACAGUUUCACUGUUUUUGCUCGCGAUAUGGUUGAGGCGAUCUCCUUUUCCAACUUAUAUGCCCCAGAGCAUCUGAUUAUUAAUGUGCGAGAUGCAGAGAAAUGGGAGAGUUUCAUUGAGAAUGCAGGCUCUGUUUUUUUAGGGGAGUGGACUCCUGAGAGUGUAGGGGAUUAUGCAAGUGGGACAAACCAUGUCCUUCCAACUUACGGCUAUGCACGAAUGUACGGUGGCGUGUCACUAGACUCUUUCCUCAAGUACAUGACUGUGCAAUCAUUGACAGAAGAAGGCUUGAUGAAGCUUGGCCCCUAUGUGGCAGCCAUGGCUGAAGUUGAGGGGCUCGAAGCCCACAAAAGAGCAGUAACCCUUAGACUCCAGGAAAUUGAAGCAAGACGGAUCUCCCAAAUGAGAUGAUCUCCAUUGGCCAACCCACUAUUUCUCAUAAUUAUUGUCAUUUUUUUGGGAAAUGGUCCUUUUGUCUGACUCCAUCAAAUGCCAGUGCUAAAGGGGAGUUUCACUGUUUGUCUAACUUGGGUAUUAGGUAUUAGGAACAUUUGGUUUAACUUGGGAGAGUUUUAUAGCCAUGAAGAUCUGAGUCAUCGUGUUUUGUUUCAAUUUUGGAGAUUGCAAGUUUUGACCAGUAAGCAAAAAUGAACUUGUAUUUGGGUGGAUGGUAUUACAGGACAACUGUGUGAACAAUGAGCUCCUCGUGCUUUUUUAUUUUUAUUUUUAUUUUUAUAAUUAAUCUGUUGUGCAUUGUACAAACUCUAAAUGGUAGUUACAGAGUAUACUUCUAUGUUUGGAGGGUAUCGAUUGCAAACUUACUGUAGAAAAA